UGCAAUUAAAUAUCCUAACGUUUUUAUUAAAUACUCUUAACUUUUAUUCUAAUUUAUUUAUAACUUUAUAUGUUUUAAAAAAUUAUGUAUUUUAUUAUCUUUAUUAUCUUACAAAUAUACAAAAAAAAAUAGACAAAAAUUAUUUUUUAGGCAGGUGUAAACAAUAGUUUUGCGUGGCAACAUUUAAUAAACAAUUGAAUAGAUGAUACUUUUGUCAAUAAUUAUUGUACUAAAAUUAAUAACCGGUGAAUAAAAAAUGUAUUCCGAAUCUCAUAAAAUAUUUUUACAAACAAUCAUGCAUAAAGGUAUUUUACAUGAUCAGGAUGGCAAAGAAUUGGUGAUAACAUUGUUUGGUAAUGAGCAAAUGAAAAAUGUAAUUUAUGAAAUAAAUACAAACUUGGAACCGUUAAGCAUGAUGAUUAAAGCAGUAACUUGUGAAAUAACUGGUGAAACAUAUUGGGGGAUUACAAGUACGAUUCUACAAGAUGUGAGCAGUUAUCAGACGCAGUUUCCUAGAACUCAUUUAGAAUUGUUCAGAAAAAUAUUAUCAAAAAUAAUAUCGGCGGGGGACGGUUGUGUUUCUAGUACUGUAUGUCUUAAUUUAUGUUCAUCCUUAGACGAAAAGUUGUUAAAAAUAGAUGCGACUAAGUUUUUGGAAUACAUGGUUGAUAAAAAAUGGCUCUUGUUGAAGAAUGGCAAAUAUUACAUAGGAGUACGUAGUAUAGUAGAAUUGAUGCCUUACUUCAAGGCCACUUACGAUGAUUCUCUUCACUCUUGUAACUUAUGUAAAGAGAUCGUCUUUUUUGGUCAAAGAUGUACUAAUUGCGAGGCUAAGAUGCACAAACCUUGUUUAGAGAAAUACGCGGAAGUUGUGGAUCCUCUGCAAUGUGUUUCAUGUAAAAAUGAUAUAGAACUAGAUUUAAUAGAAGAUUAAUUGAGGUUGAAAGACUAAUGACCAAAAAAAAUAUUAGCAAAAUAAAUUUUAUAAGGAAAUAUAUAUUUUUUGCUACAUAUAUAUACAAAAUUAAUAUACGAGAUAAAUAUCAUUGCAAAAAAACAUA